AUGCCCCACUCCCUGACCUCGCUGCUAUUUAACGCCGUUUCCUUCCCAGAGGCCUUUCCUGCGUGCUUUCUGCGCAUUCCCACCUCCGUUCCUUCGAAAAAUGCUGCAUCUGAUCAGCAUCCCGAGCCAUUAAAUCAUCGCCAAGGAGGCGACAUCCAUUCGUUAUGGUCUGCCUCUCGGCAACACCCACAAUGUCCUGGGAACAUCUUGCCGCCGGGAGGACUUCGGCCGCUAACUUACCAAAACGUGGUAUUAGCCUCCGAGAUAUCCAAGCAGUGCGCCUUCGAUAUACUCCACCAACUAUGGCAGAUGCAUCCGUUCAGGAUAUCGGUCAUGGUGGGCUUCGAUCUUCUGCGGGGCGCAUUUCCCGCUAUGAGAGGCUAUUCACACGCCCUAAUUAUUGACGAGGUACAAAAAUCCAUACUGUCAGGCAAUUUUAUGGUAUCCCAGCUCCUCAGGCGUGCCUUAGUCGAGCUACUACGGAUGGGAUGCGAGACUGCUGUGGAUAGUAUCGCGGCAUCCAACGAGAACACUGUACACGCCUCCGCUCGCUUCUUAGUGGAACACGCCCAACUAGAGUACCGACUUCGCCCGGACGUACCCACUCUUUCAGACCCGCUCGUGCGCGAUCUCCUGCAGGAGGCCGACAUCUUCGUUCGUUCUUUCAGCGGCUUCUCGUCUUUCGGACUUUUCUCUCCCCUAGACUUCAUGCGCAUCUUUACACUCGUUUCCGAGCUCUUGACGCAUCUCUGGAUCUUGUCCACUCUGACGUUCGGUACUACCCCGCUCCCCGUAAUUCUCGUCUCCAUCGCCCUGUCCGCGCUUCCGUCCCUUCUAUCUUGGUCCAGCAGCGCUUCUCAGCCGUGGGAUAACCCCACAUCCCGGUUAGAAGGCCGUCUAACCGCAAAACAAGAAGCCAUGCGCCACCUCGCACACAGCGAAUCGUACCGCCCCGAAGUGCUCCUGUUUGACCUCGCGCCGUGGAUCCUCCGCUCGUGGGCCCGCGCCCGGAAAGCGCUCCUCGGCGUCGAGCGCCGCCACGAGAGCUGUGAGAGGGGUCUGCCCUCCCGCUUCCUCUCCCAAAUAUAUCUUUCAGGGGCGUUCUCUGCAUUUGAGCAUAUUCCAGUGCUGCUGGUGCUCAACUCCUCGGCCUCCUCCCUCGGCGCAUUCACGCUGUACCGCAACACGCUACAGAGCAUGUUCCACACCGCGGGUGCGCUGCUGCAGACCCUCCGGAUGGCGUUCCAAGGGGUGUUCCUGAUGGGUGCGUUCUGUGCCGCCACGAAGCUGCAGCCCCGUCUUGAGCCUGCGGCGGAUUGCGCGGUCGCCUACCGCCCUUCACCGAGUGGGGCGGCCAUUGACAUCAAGAACGUCUCGUUCACAUACCCGGGCAACAAUCAACCUAGCCUUCGGGGCGUCACGCUCUGCAUCGCGGCCGGCGAAACAGUGGCCAUCGUCGGCUGCAACGGCUCCGGAAAAACGACGCUCGCGAAGGUGCUCCUCCGCAUCUUCGACUUCGACAGCGGCGAGCUCCUUUUGAACGGCCUCGACGCGCGCACCGUGCGCCCGCAGGAGCUGCACGCGCGCGCCACCGCCGUCUUCCAGGGCUUCUCGCGCUUCAGCACGAGCGUCAAGGGCAACGUCGGCAUCGGCUUCGUCCCGGACAUGCACGACCCCGCCGCCGUGACCGCCGCGCUCGGGCUCGCCGGCGCAGAGGACCUCGUCAGCUCGCUCCCAGACGGGGUGCGCACGACGCUCGACGGGGACACGUCGUACCACGGCGGCUGCGAGGCGUUCUCGGGCUCUGCCGCGCGCAAACCGCACGGGCUGUCCGGGGGAGAGUGGCAGCGCAUCGCAAUCUCGCGCGCCUUCAUGCGCGCCCAGCGGCCGGAGGUGGAGCUGCUGGUGUUCGACGAGCCGACGUCGUCGCUUGACGCGCACGCCCAGAAGCACUUCUUCGACACGGUCGAGCAGAUCUCGCGCGACGCCGAUGGGCACCGGACGAAGACCGUCGUGUUCAUCACGCACCGGCUCUCCACCGCGCGCCGGGCGGACAAGAUAGCGAUGAUGGAGAGCGGCACUAUCACAGAGUUCGGCACGCACCAGGAGCUGCUCGCGCAGAACGGCCGUUACGCCGCGAUGUACGACGCCUCCGUCUGA